UAAGGUACAACAGAGGGGGAUUUAUUUGCUUAAUGCUUAUCUUGUGAUUUAUGUUGCCAAAGGAUUUACUUUGGUUACUUUCAGCUAGUUUCUUUAAAAUAGUUAGUCAUUUGUCUAUACUUACUAAUUUCUUUCAUUACAGAAUGGCAUCAAACAGGGGUCAAGGUGGAAUUCAACAAUUGUUGGCUGCUGAACAAGAAGCACAAAGGAUUGUAAAUGCCGCUAAAAAUGAAAAAUUGACAAGGUUGAAACAAGCCAAAGAAGAGGCAGACAAGGAGGUUGCAGAAUACAGAGCUCAACUGGAACGUGAGUUUCAACAAAAAGUAUCAGAUAGCACUGGAGAUUCUGGUGCUAAUGUGAAGAGGCUUGAACAUGAAACUGAAGGGAAAAUCCAUCACCUGAAAACAGAAGCCGCAAGAAUUUCUGAUGAUGUUGUAGCCAUGCUUCUCAAGUACGUAACAACCGUGCAAAAUUAGGAUCCUUGAUGAUUAUGUAUUGGUGCUGCGGUGUCUUAAAUUAUGUUGAUUAUUAUCUUGAGUUUGUUGUUUGUUCUAGAUACUCUGGAGUCAGUUCCUUACAAUAUUCUUGUUUUGUUUGCAAUACUUGGUAUGGUUUGGUAUCCUUUUGCGUUGUACUAAAAAAAGAUGAUUUCAAGUUGGUUAAAAUAAAAAGUUCAGAAUGUAUGAACUUGCCAACUUUUGUUGUUGAUUAUAACAUUGUGUAAAAGGAAGUUAUGUUAGUGUAUA